AUGGUACGAGAAGGGCAACCUCAAGAUAGAGAGAAAGCAGUAUGGUGGUCCCAAGUAAGAUUCUGGUCUGCUGCUGUGAUUUCCAUAGCACUCCUCAGUGCUUGUUUCAUUGUGAGCUGUGUGGUGACUUAUCAUCUUACAUAUGGCAAAACUGGCCAAAGGCUGUCUGAACUACACACACGCCACUCAGGUUUAACCUGCUUCAGGGAAGGGACAAGCAUGAGAGGGAAUGUCUGGGCAUGUUGCCCAUGUGCUUGGAAGUCAUUUGGUUCCAGCUGCUACUUCAUUUCUACUAAACAGAAUUUUUGGUCAAAGAGUGAACAGAACUGUGUUGCAAUGGGUGCUCACUUGGUGGUGAUCAACACAGAAGCAGAGCAGAAUUUCCUUGUCCAGCAACUGAAUGAAUCGUUGUCUUAUUUUCUGGGACUCUCAGAUACACAAGGGAAUGACAAUUGGCAAUGGAUUGAUCAGACACCUUACAAGGAAAAUGUCAGAGUAUGGCACCAGAAUGAGCCCAAUUUUUCUGCAGAGGAAUGUGCUUCAAUAGUUUUCUGGGAAAACAGAGGAUGGGCCUGGAGUGAUGUUUUCUGUGAUACUAAGAGAAACUCAGUAUGUGAGAUGAAGAAGAUUUAG